CCUUCGGUAGUUCAGGGCGUGGCCACGUCCCGGCCACCGGAAAUAUCCGUGUGACGACACGAAAACCUACGCGUCACGCGAGGUGCAGGAGUUGGCGGACGGUCCCUGGCUGGCUUCUGGAGGCCCUGCGACCGCGGAAGAGGGUUCUGAGGGCUGCCGCAAUGCCUCGCCCACGGCGGGUCAGUCAGCUUCUGGAUCUGUGCCUUUGGUGCUUCAUGAAGAAUAUUUCCAGAUACAUCACAGACAUUAAACCUCUGCCUCCCAACAUAAAAGAUAGACUGAUUAAAAUAAUGAGUAUGCAGGGGCGAAUAACAGAUUCAAAUAUAAGCGAGAUUUUACAUCCGGAAGUCCAAACUCUAGAUCUGCGGAGCUGUGAUAUUUCAGAUACUGCUCUCCUGCACCUGUGUAACUGCAGAAAACUGAAGAAACUAAAUUUAAAUUCCUCAAAAGGAAACAGAGUUUCCAUAACUUCAGAAGGAGUAAAAGCUGUGGCUUCAUCUUGUUCAUACCUACAUGAAGCAUUGUUGAAAAGAUGCUGCAAUCUCACUGAUGAAGGAGUCCUUGCUCUUGCACUCAAUUGCCGGCUGCUAAAGAUCAUUGAUUUAGGUGGCUGCUUAAGUAUCACUGAUGUGUCCUUACAUGCAUUAGGAAAAAACUGCCCGUUUUUGCAGUGUGUGGACUUUUCAGCUACUCAGGUAUCUGACAAUGGUGUGGUUGCGCUUGUUAGUGGACCUUGUGCCAAGAUAUUAGAGGAGAUCCAUAUGGGACAUUGUGUAAAUCUAACUGAUGGAGCUGUGGAAGCUGUCCUUACUUAUUGCCCUCAGAUACGUAUAUUACUCUUCCAUGGAUGCCCCCUAAUAACAGAUCAUUCACGAGAAGUCUUGGAGCAAUUAGUAGGCCCAAACAAACUUAAGCAAGUGACAUGGACUGUUUAUUGAUGGUAUUGAAGCUUAUCAAAGCUGUGAAAGCUUAUCAAAACUACUUUCCCAGGAAAUGGUCUAUAGAGAAUUAUUUUCCACUUAAUUUAACACUAUUUUAUUAUUUUAUUGUCUUAUUUAAGCUAUAACUCUCAGAGAAUCAGCUAAAUCUCAGUAUAUACAUGGUUUGUGCUUUGAAGUUAACAAGACUCUCAAACAUUUUAAUGGUGUUAUUAUUCUAUAUCUGUUGGCCGAGUCAUUAUUUUUGAAAUAGUAAUCCUAGCAUGAACUCUGAUAUGGGGGGUGGGAGUUGUUUCUUUAAUAACAAAGUUUUAAAUUAUCUCUUUUCCCUCAAGAUUUUCUUCUCCUACAUAGGUAUUUGAGCUGUUGUAAGAAAAAUUUGCCAAUAUGGAUAAAGUUUAGGAGAAUUCUAAGUAAAAAUAUUUCUAAAGGCAAAAUUACCUUCCUAACUAUUUUCUGGCUCUUACCUCCCUGAAGUAUUUCAAUGUCCAUUUGCCAAAAGCACAGCUGAACAUCAGGCCUGUUAAUUCUUCUCAGAAUUUAAAUAUUUCUUUGUUUCAUUGAAAUGAAGUGAUUUAUUAGCCAUUCAGCAUAUUAAUAUUACUGAGGCCCUUGCCCAGACACUUAAUUCACUGAUUUUUAUGGCUACUCUUCCCAAAUACAUUUUAUUCAUCUGUAAACUUUUCUUCCUCAGCAAAAUUGCAUUCAGAAAUGUAUAAAAAUGAGUAAAUACAGAAUAGCAUUACAGAGACUGUAUUCUUGAAGCUCUAUUGAGUUCAUAUUUUCACAUUUUGACAUAAACAGCAAAGGUCUUAGUUUUCAAAUGAAAACUCUUUGGUAAUCACAAAAUUAUCUGACACAUACCAUGCUGAAACUAACCCCUAACUUAGCAUACUUCCUGUGCCAUGAGCCUGUCUCGAUGGGACUGUCUUAAAGUUAUUUCUUGUUUUACCUCUGAUGUAGUAAAAAACAGGGAAAAGUAUGGUAUGGUAAGUUUCUUGUGCAUGUUUAGUGGGAGGGAACAUAUUCAACUCUGUUUCUUGUCCUUACUAUUUAUAAAUGUGGUAUGUUUACAGUGUGAAUAUAUAUAUUGCCACUACAAAGGUGGUACAUAUGCAUAUAUGUGUAAAAUAGGUAAGGCCUGUUCUAUCUAUGAAAUUUUUCUAAAGACAAAUUCAAUAAAAUUUAAUAUUGAAUGUCUAACCAAGUCAA